AUGGUUUACAAUAAGGUAGUGAAUGAAACAAAUGCUUUGUGGCAUCAAAGACUUGGUCAUAUGAACUUUAGAGACUUGUACAAAUUGUCCAAGAAAGAGUUAGUAAGUGGUCUCCCAAAGGUUGACAAAAUUGAUCAACAUGUUUGUGAAGGAUGUCAAUUAGGCAAGCAAGUCAAAGUGUCACACAAAAAGGUCAAACACAUUCAAACAAAGGUUAGUCUAGAACUUAUUCACAUGGAUCUUGUUGGCCCCAUUCAAACCUCGUCCUUUGGUGGCGAGAAAUAUAUUUUGGCUAUUGUUGCUGAUUUCUCUAGGUUCACUUAG